AGGGGAAGGUUGAAGUGACAUAUUCAGUAGUUUCAACCUUACAAAGUUGCAGAGAUGCCUGUAUACAAUGUGAAGUGGCAUGCUCAUCAUGCAGAGACAGUCCAAAGCUUUGAGAAUCUUCGUCAUCAGGAGUCAUUCAUAGAUAUCACACUCUUUUGCAAUGGACAGUUUUUGAGGGCCCAUAAACUGGUGCUUGGCGCAUUGAGCGGUUAUUUUGAACGGAUUCUGAUACGGGAUGGACCAGGAACUUCAUUGAUCCACUUCUUUGGAAUGGACAUGUAUAUUUUGAGAUUUCUGGUAGAGUUUAUGUACACUGGGGAAGUGAAAGUUCCAUCUGAUGAUAUAGAGAAGUUCUUUGAAUUUGCUGAAAAGUUGGAAGUAAAGGGAUUGACAGGAAACAGGUCAAAAAGUAGUACCACAGUUUCAAAUGGAUCCAAUGGAGUCACAGUACCCCCAGCAAGAGUUGAGGAUGCUGUGGGUCACAAACGCAAGAGUACUCAUCAGUCGUGGCAGAAGUGUGAUGGAUCAGUGGUGCCACCCAAACUUCAAAGAUCUCAAAUGCCCAGAACAAGGCAGGACUGGGUUGCAUAUCCUUCUCAGUGGGCAGAUCAAGUGCUUUCUCCAUCCCAAGUUGGACCACUUUGUUCUGAAGCAGAGGAGAAAGAGGUUGAGAAGGUGGAAGAGAAUUUGAUCAAAGUUCAAGAAGAAAUAGCAGGCAACAAUAUGGAAACUUUGGAAACCACUGUACCACUGCAUGCAGAGUUUAUUGAAGAUGAUCAGUUAGAUGAACUGAGCUCUUAUCAUGUUGAGGGCACUGUAGAAGACACCAAGCCACAGGAUAUUUCCAGAAGCAUUGAUCCCCAGGACAAGAACCAGUUGGUUGCCCAGAGUUCUUAUGCUGAUGGCACUGCAGAAGAACCUGAAAUACCCCUGGACUUUCCAGCAGAAAUUAAUCCUCCGGAUGAACGCCUAUCAGAUGCCCAAAGUUCUCUUGCUGACAGAAAUGUAGAAGAUCCUGAACCCAUGAACAUUCCUGCAGGAGUUGAUCCCAAGAGCCUCAUACACCUGCAGCCCUAUGUUUGGAGCGGUCGGGAACUCGGCUCCCGGAAGCGUUCGUAUUUUUGUCCGAUCUGCCCUCGUGUCUUCCUUGACAAGAAACAGAAGGCCAUUGAACACAGCCAGCAGCAUACCAUGGAGAAGCCUUACCAGUGUUUCACCUGUUUAAAGAGGUUUGCAAGGAAGACCAAUCUUCAAAAUCAUGCCAUUAAAGCACACCAGAGCAAGAAUUAAAUAUCUGGAAUGUCCC